AUCCGCGGUACUACCUCAAAUUGGUCAGAAGGUGUCAGAGUUUGACAAGUUACCCUUUGUAUUUGUACAACGUUGCUGCAUUUUGUGGUCUCUCAUCCAGCAUUUAGCUUAAUUUGAUGAAGAAUCAGUUGAGUUUGACUAUGAGAAUGUUUUACAUGACGUUCUUGACCCAGAAGGCAGGUGAUCGCAGGUUGUAGACUUACACAUCAAAUGAGCAUUAUAAAAGAAGUAAUGUGUACGCGUCAUCUACACAAAUAACCCAUACCGAGUGUCAUUGUGACAUUUUCUAUUUUCCAAUUGGUUUAGAUUGAUAGACCCGUAGUAUUACAUUUUUAUUACGCGCACUGACAGGGCUAUUACAUGACAUUUGAACGCACCAAUCAGUUGCUGAGGAGCUGAUUGAGUCUACUUCCCUACACUGGGAUAGUUGAAGGGAAGCGGACGGACGGCGGUCGCACACGGAUAUCUCUUCAUCAGGCGAGUCGGAUCUCCCCCGACAGAGACCUCCGAGACGCAGCGAGCCCUCCGUUCCUCCAUCGCGUCUUGCUGCAGGGAGAUGGCCGGGAUUCUGGCGUGGUUCUGGAACGAACGCUUCUGGCUCCCCCAUAAUGUGACCUGGGCUGACUUAAAAAACACAGAUGAGGCGACGUUCCCGCAAGCCGAGGAUCUCUAUCUGGCUUGUCCUCUGGCUUUCUGCAUCUUUAUGAUACGGCUGGUUUUUGAGAGGUUUAUUGCAAGGCCAUGUGCAAUGGGCCUGAAGAUCCAGGCCAACGGGCCACAAAAGGCACAGCCCAAUGCUAUCUUAGAGAAGGUUUUCACUGCUAUAACCAAGCAUCCCGAUGAGAAAAGGCUGGAGGGCCUGUCCAAGCAGCUCGACUGGGAUGUGCGCACCAUCCAGCGCUGGUUUCGGCAACGGCGCAACCAGGAGAAGCCGAGCACCCUCGCCAGAUUCUGUGAAAGCAUGUGGAGAUUUACCUUCUACCUAUAUAUUUUCACCUAUGGAGUGCGUUUUCUUAAAAAGACUCCAUGGUUGUGGAACACUAAGGAGUGCUGGUACAACUACCCUUACCAGCCUCUGACUGUGGAUGUCCAUUAUUACUACAUACUGGAGCUGUCCUUCUACCUGUCGUUACUCUUUUCCCGCUUCACAGACAUCAGGAGGAAGGAUUUUCUGAUCAUGUUCCUGCAUCACGUGGCGGCGAUCUCUCUCAUCGUAUUUUCUUAUGUGAACAACAUGGCACGAGUGGGAACUCUGGUCAUGUGUCUACACGAUGCAGCCGACGUGCUGAUAGAGGCUGCCAAGAUGGCCAACUAUGCCAAAUGUCAGAUACUGUGCAACCUCCUGUUUGCAAUGUUUGCAAGUCUCUUCAUAACUUCCAGGCUGGGAGUUUACCCCAUCUGGAUUUUAAACACCACUUUGUUUGAGAGUUGGGAGAUUGUAGGCCCCUUCCCAUCCUGGUGGGUCUUCAACCUCCUUCUGGUCUUACUGCAGCUUCUUCACUCAUUCUGGUCCUACCUCAUAGUGAAGACAGCAUGCAGAGCCAUCUCCAAAGGAAAGGUGGGGAAGUGGAAUCCUUUACAUGUUUCUAAAGAUGACCGCAGUGACAUCGAGUCCAGCUCUGAUGAGGACGACAGCCCUCCUCCCAGUCAGAAGCACCACAGCAGCACCACCAACGGGACCAACAAAAACGGGACCAACGGCUACCUGACAGGCGUCCCGUACCCAGACGAACACUGACCGAGCUGAUAUCACGCAAAUGGAGCCAUGCUGCAGACACUACCCCACUUAUCUGUGUGUCAGCAUAUGUAUGCGUGUGUGUGUGUGUGGGAGAGUGACUUUAGGCAUAUGGUGGAGACAUGAGCAUCUCAUCUUUGUAAGUUAUUGAUAGAUUUAUGUGAAUGCUGUUUUGUCAUUGGUUCUUUACUAAUUUUGUUGUGCAAUUUAUUUCUCUUCAGCUAUAUAUUUGCAUCAAACUACACUCACUGGCAAAUUUAGGGAAUCAGUAAAACACACUCAUUUAGCCAACGAAUGACAGCGUUUCACUUGAUGGUCGAAGCAUGCUACAUUGAUUUACAGCAGUUCGACACACUGCACCGGGUGUUUUCCCCGCUAAGUUGGUCUUUUUUUUGUUAUUUGAUUUGGAUGAACAUGUUUUCAAGUUUUUAGUCAGACAUCUUUUCUUCUUCUCAUUAUGUCAGUGUUGACAUAAUCUUAAAACAGAAACAGCUGUGUUUUUCACCUAAACAUCAGAGUAUUAGCCGGAUUCAGUUUUAUUGCUACACCCCCAAAGACUUGCCAAAACCGUGAGUUGUUUUCUUUGUUUGUUUUUUUUUAUCACUUACAAAUGAAUGAUAAUGUGAAGUUUAUGCACAUUUGGAAAUACAUUCUUCACUCAAUAUGUAUAUGAGAUGUCAAUAACGGUAGUAUCUGUGUGCAUCAGGUAUGGCUAGAUGCUGUAUUCUUUAUCCAUUCAUUUUGUUAGAUAUUCUCGUACAUUUCUGGUUAUCAUUAAAUUAAAGGCAAUUUGUCCUCUCAUGAGGUAUAUAUGAGUUGUUUGAAUAAUUCAAUAAUAAAAAAAAUUGCAAUUA